UUACUUUGUUGGGAUGAUAGCUAAAACACUUUCUAACAUAAAUAUUAAUGGUUCAUGUUGUGUUACCAUAUUUAUAAUUUCCUGUAAAUCCAAAUGAGCUCAGAAUAUUUCUGGCACUUUUCCAAUUUUAUCUAAAAACCUUUACCAUAUGCCAAGAAUGUGUCGGCAUUUUGAAAUUAUUUUUCGCUGUCCAAUGACGGUCGUUUUACGCACUGCUAUAAGCUGGUUUUUGCUGUGGCUUUUUUUCGUGUAAAAAGUGCCUUUUUUGGUGGUGAUUUUCUUCAUUAAUUAAAGUCAAGUUGUACUUUAAGGUGUUGUCGUAAGUGUUGAUGGCAGAACAUGGCUGGGGAACCAUUAGUUGUACAAGCAUUAUACACGUUUAAAGGAAGCAACAAUGAUGAAUUGUGUUUUAAGAAAGGAGAUGUGAUCACUGUAACGCAGAAAGAUGAUGGUUGGUGGGAGGGUACCCUCAAUGACAAGACAGGAUGGUUCCCUAGCAAUUACGUAAAGGAAUGUAAAGAUGUUGCCAAGCCUGCAGUACAACAAGAAAAUCAGUACAAGAGUGUUGUAUUGAAAGAUCUCAUAGAUUCCGAAAAGGCGCAUGUGCAGGAACUAGAAGGUCUAGUGACAAAUUUUCUUCAACCUUUGGAAAAGAAUACAAUAUUAACCCAGGAUGAAUAUAAACAACUUACCAGCAAUAUUCAAGAGGUUCUUGAGACCCACCAACAGCUGCUCAUGCUGGUGGAACAAGAGUACAACAAACCUGGAAGUGAACAAAGGGUGGGAAAGUUAUUUUUGAAUUGGGCGCCCAAAAUGAAGACUGUCCAUCAGACCUACUGUUCGCUGCAUCCCAGAGCUGUAGUGAUUUUGGAUAAGUACAAGGAUGAAUUGACGAAAUAUAUGGAGUCAAGAGGAGCAGCGAGUCCGGGUGUUUUAGUCUUGACCACGAUGUUAAGCAAACCGUUUAGAAGACUGGACAAAUAUUCGGGAAUGUUACAAGAACUCGAACGACACGUGGAGGAGUGUCAUCCGGACAGAGGUGACACUCAGCGGUCCGUCAGUAUUUAUAAAGAUAUAGCUACCACUUGCACAGCUACUAGAAGACAGAAGGAACUUGAGCUACAAGUAUUAACUGGUCCUGUUAGAGGAUGGGAAGGACCUAGUCUUACAAGUUUAGGUGAGAUCAUCUACAUGGGAAGUGUAGCAGUUGGAUCAAAUCAUCACGACAGAAUUUUUGUAUUAUUUCCUACCACAUUAGUUAUACUCUCAGUCAGUCAUAGGUUAAGUGCCUUUAUCUAUGAGGGAAAGUUAUUCCUUUCCGGUCUUAUAGUCACCCGCUUAGAAGACACGGACGGAGUAAAAAACGCCUUUGAUAUUAGCGCUCCUAUGAUCGACAAACGUAUUGUCAUCUGUCAGAGUCGUGAGGAAGCUGAUCAUUGGGUGGAAAUCCUGACUAGGCAACAAGGAUCAAGAUCAUCCGUCUCUUCCACUGUAAGCCACAAAGUGCUGCCCAGCCAGGCUCAAUACGUGCCUCAGCCGCCGCCGCACCUUGCCAGUCUAGAUCCACGAGGUUAUUGUAACCGAUCUUCAGUAUUAGCGUUCAGGACUGUACUCAAAUACCUGCCUACAUACCCACCAGCAAUUUACCCUUCAGCAGCACCAUACGCCUCCCUCACAAAAUUCUUAUCCAAAAAAAUCAAAGACAAAAUUUUAACGCGUAAGCUACUCAGGAACCUAUUGUACUCGGAGCAUUUAAACAAAAGGAAUCUGAAUGUAGUCAAAAUCAGGCACCAUAAGACCGAAUGUACGAUAAUGACGAAGAACGUUCAUCUGAGGGACAGCGUCAUUAACUGUGAUAGCGAUUCUGAAACAGAUUCAGAUUCUAGCGACGAUGAAACUAACCUCAGACGACAGAAUGCGUUUGAGAGACAUUCAAAUGCUUCUUCGAGUGAUUCUAGUAAUCCUUUCGGUUAUAUCCGAUAUUAUAACCCGAAAUCCGGAACAACCAAACAACCGCCUGAGAAAUACGAAAGUUUUAUUGACUACGGACAGCCUCAUAAAGUUUCCGAGCCUGACGAAGUAAGCGUAUCCUCAUUUAAAGGUCCCAGAGUGGUAGAGGAACUACCGAAGAAGCCUAGCAUCGUUCUCACGUCAACUGCCAAAGUUAAUCUCCUACAAAAACAGCUCUCUGAGGAAUCAAAUGCUAGUUCAUGCAUGAUGCCUAGAAAUCCGGGUUUAGCAUGCGAGAAUCUGCACACUUUGAACGAAAGUUUCGAAAUGCAGUCACUUAAUGUACCUGAUAGUUAUAUUCCCUUGACUCGACAAAGCUGCCCUACGAAACUAGUGGGAAACAAGUUUAACGAGAGCAGCUUGACGGCGAUUUACAUUCCUUCCUAUUCGACUAGUGAAAAUAACAUUUUCUGCCGUAGUAAGCCUUUAGAAACUCCGCCUAACAGCCAGUCCAGCAGCACAACGCAUUCAAGCAGCUUGGAAGUGUCCGUGAAUACACUCCCUUUACCUGAUAGAGUUGUGGGGGAGUUAUUGUACGGGGACUACGCGAAAAGCGACAGUGUGGAAACAGAUUUAACUGAACAAUCUACUCAAACUGUGAUAAAGCCUCCGACGAUGUUUCAUAAUUCUUCUAGAAUUCCUUCCGGAACUUCGGAUAUUCAGAAGUUAGAAAAAAGUAACGUGCCUUUUAGGAAACACAGUAUUAACUCGGACAAACCGAAAAGGAGAUGCAGUAUUCAAAUCAACCCAAGCGAUUUAAAGAGGUGCGUUAGUUCGAGAUAUCUGAAUAUGAGACCUGCGGGAAACCCCGAGCAACCGAGCACUUCCCGAAAAUCAAUCUGUCGAUGCGGUUCGGAAUACUGCCACAGUCCUCGCUCUUCGGACUCGGGAAUGGCAGGAAGUUGUACGUUGAACAGUCCGGAUCUUGGCAACGCCGCUGAUGUUGAACCGGAACGGAACAGCAACGACAUGAUGAACUUACUAUAUCAGAAAUACGAAAACUUCGGUGGGGGAAUCACGCUGAGCGAUAUCGAAGCACGAAACUUCGAGAGCCAAUGUCCUUGUUCGUCUCCGUUCGGAUCUACGCCUCGUACUUCCGGUGAGGCUAGUCGUACCAGGGAUUCUUUACGUACGACUUCCGUAGCUAGUAUCGAUAUAAUGCCGUCACAGUGGGACACCAAACUACGGACUACGUGUCGAACAUCUCCGCAGAAAUCAAAGUCGACCAGUUCGUUGCUGGAUUACUCGAAUAGUUCGGAAGAAGUACAGGAAGAUCCGGUUGUAGAAGAGGAAGAAGACGCUCCGGUGUUUAAGUCUGGUCUGUACGCGCACUGGUGGUUGAAGGCCAAGCUGCCUCCCGCGGUGGUCCGAGGGAUUUACGAAACGACCCGAAGAAAGUCGCGGGCUGCAGGCAUCUCCCCUAGUGUCCGCCCUAAGCCCUAGUUCUCCCACCCUGGCAGGAGCCCCUCGAGGAUUGCUCUCGCGGUGCUCCUCGCCUCCCGCUCCACCCCACGGCGCUUCCAGGGGGCCCGGUUGGUCGGCGGUUUGCCUGAGGCCGACUCCGCCCCUGAGGCCUUGUCUGGCGCUAG